AACACUCGAGCACGUGCUCAACGCGUCGCGCGGCGGACGGCGCGCGAUGGAGCGACGUCAUGGGCGGCCCCGCAGGCACAGCGGUGGCGGCAGGUGGCGGCCCCGUCAUUGCCGUUCCUGGCCAGUUCGUUCAGCUCUCCCCGCCGCCCCACUCAUCCUCCUCACUCUCAACCACGACCUUCACCAUCCCAGCCUCGACGACCUCGCUCUCUAGCACAUCAUGGACGGCGUCCCCGCACACCAACCCGAAGACGCCCCGCCGGCCUACACACAAGUCCCCAUCCACGUCGACCCCAAGCCCGAAGCCCCGCUGGCCACCGCGCCCGACGGCAACCCCGUCCUCGAGUCCGAGGCCAACAUCGUCGCACACACCGUCGAGCUGCCCCCGGACGACGACUCCAGCGCGGACGCCCGUCUCGACCUCAAGGACCCCGACGUGAAGGACAUUGGGUGGAACAAGGACAUGGCACACCUCCCUCCGACCAUCAUGCAUGGGCUGUCCAACGAGGACUUGUUUCUCCUCGUCCGGAGGUUCAACAAGCAAAUCUACCACGUCAAGACGGUUCCGGAGCCCCCGCUCGGCCAGCUCGACCUCGACAUAUCCGAGAACGAGGAGUUCUCGCCUGACAAGCUCCGCGCCCACCUCGAGCGUCUGUACAUGACCGUCAUCAUCAAUAUCGCCGGCUCCGGCAAGCACAUCGCGCGAAUCCGUUCCUGGAAUGAGCCACGGAGGACAGCGGGCUUUUGCGCCGCCUACUUCAUCGCGUGGUGGAGCAAUCUCCUCGGCGCGCUCAUUUGUACGACUCUCAUCGUUCUCAUCCUCCAUCCUCCAUCCCGCAAAUGGCUAUUCCCGCCCGCCCCGCUCGCCGCCGUCAGUGCCACAAGCGGCAACCUCCAGGUCCCUCGCGCAGGCACCAUCGGCAGCAAGGACAGUCUUUCGGGCGCACCCGAGGCACACAAGGGCGAAGCCGUCGAGCAGGAGGCGAACAACUUCGUCUCCGGCGUAGGCUCGUUGGCCCUUGCAACCGCAACGGGCCAGCAGAUUGCCCCCAACGCAAAUCCCGACGACGUCCCCGACGAGAAGCUCGAACAAGCGGAGCAAGAAGACAACGGCGUCGCGGGUGCGUUGCCGGACCCGACGCAGAUCGCCGCAGCGACGAUGGACGCGAAGCACGUCGCGCACGGCUCCAGGACCGACGGCAAGCACGACGCGACCAAGCAGCACGUCGAGAGCGCCAUGUGGGAGAAGGCCCGACCCAUCAUGCGUGCGCUCGCGGACCUCGUGGAUACCUGGGAGCGGUUUGGAAACGUCUUGUCUCCCACCCCUCCCUUCUCGCACACUCCCCGCCUCCGGUUGGCUGCGAUAAUCAUCCCUAUACUCGUCGUGACCACCGCUGUCCCGGCCGCCCUUUUCGUGAAGGGAGGCUCGCUCGUGACGGGCUUCCUCAUGUUCGGACAGCCUCUCAUGACCCACGGCAUUCACUGGCUGAACACCAACUACCCGAACUGGCCAGAGAUGCUCGAGUUGCGAAGGUCGAUCCUCAAGGGCGUUCCGACCAACGCGCAGCUCACUCUCACGAUACUGCGCAUCGCGGAGGCGAGUCACACUCCACUCCCGCCGCCGCCGUCUAUGAGUGUGCCGACGGAGGAGCCCAAGUCGCAUCCCGACGGCGCAAAGGCCGAAGUUGCAGAGUACGCCGACAAUCACCUCGACUUCGACACGUCGAAUUAUGAAAUUGAAGGUGCUAACAGGGCUGAACACGCGAGCGACCACGCCGAGCACGACGGCAAACACAAGGCGAGCAAACUCGCAAAGCUCGUCAAGGGCUCCGCAAAGGCGACUGUCAACAGCGCGAUCGGCGUCGACCACCUCAAGGCGAAGCUCGGUUCGGGCGCAGCGAAACGGCGCCUGGGUGCUGUUCCCAGCGAUAGCCCGGACGUUACCAUCGACGGUCCGACUGGUAGUCGCGUGGGCCUCGGAGACGGGCCUACAACCUAUGCGGCGCGGUACCACGGCAAGCGAGGCUACGUUGUGCUCGUGACAGGUGCCGCGACGCCUUGCGUGUCGUUCGUCUGGGAAAAGGACCUCUCGAAGAACCUCGCCAGCUAUGCCAAGGCGGCCGCAGCAAAGGCGAAGGGUGAGAGCGAACCGGAGGCACCGCCCGCGGUGUUCGCGAUCCCGCUUGCAGAGAUCCUCGGUCUGCGGAAGGUGGGCGGGUAUGGCUGGAAGGGUAAGAUGAUCAUUGGGUUCACCUUGCAGCGGGAGGUGGUGGAUGGCCUCGGGAUCGAGGACAAGGAUGGUAAGACACACUUCCUGACUGCAAUCAAGGGGCGAGAUGAGCUCUUCAACCGGCUGAUUGCUAUUGGUGGACACAAGUGGGAGCAGCUGUAGUGUGUCUGAUGUUGCAUGCAUGUAUACAUUUUAUAGUAGUAAAGGUUGAUUGAUGUGAGGGCUCGUACAAAAUACAAGUGGC